GACUUGUUGUUCCUUGUUGUCUUCUGUGUGUUCUCCGUUUUUUCCCAGUUCAAUUUUUUGGUCUUUUGGGCUUUUCCUCUUUUGGGUUUGAGUAGGAUUGGAUAGCUACCGUGUAGCUAGGACCAAUCAAGCAAGUUCAGGUGUCUAGAUAUAGGGAUUUUGCUCAGGAACCGUGCUUGACCUUUCAGCUAGUUGAAUUUUGGAAUCUGGGAAUUGAAGUGUAGCUCUGUUUUUACCACAGCUCAGUUCUGAUUGGUCUCUUGAAUUCUUAUGGAGGGGCCUAGGGGAGUAGGGAUUCUCCAUGUCAUGAAUUUGGAAUGUGGUUUUGGUUCAAGUAAUGGCUGCUUUGGUAUCAUAAUUUGCUGUACGCAAAUUUUAGGGAGUGACUGUCCGAGUAGAUUGCUAUUGUCUGGCUGCAAUUAAUGGAUGCUCCCUGUAAUUGGCUGCAAUUAAUCUGUACAUUGAAUUUGGGGCGGCAGAAUCCAAGACGUCAGCCAGGUUCUUGUACUUGUUUGUUGCACAAGGCAACCUAUGUAUUAAUGGCUCACGGGUCACGGCUCUUAUGUGUUGUCUUCUGUUUGCUUGCGAAUGUUACCAACUGUGCUUCAAUUAGUUUCAAAUCAUUUGGGUAGCAGCAGUUUUAGGUUAUGUUUAGAUUCUCAGCCGGAAGAAUGCCGGGUAGGCUCGAUGCUCUUAACCCUUGUGAGUUGUGAAUAUGGUCACAUUGGAUAAAUAUACGCCCAACCCUGAAUAAGCUAGGGGAAAUUGUCCACAUGCGCAUGGUCUAUGGAGAUAGAAUGGAAGGAAAUAAUAGUGAAUGAUAUUGGUGGUUGGUGGAAAUUAGAAUGAACACUGUAAGACUGGAGAUGCUGUUUCCCAUCUUCCCUGGAGGCCCUUAAACUUAUCUUCAGGUUGGCAAGCUGUCAGCAUUCUGCAUUGGGUUGGAACAUUCCAGCCAACCCCUGUCCUCUCCGAAUAAGAUUAAGAGGACAUUUAUGCCGAAUAAGAUACAUGAGUUAGUUGGUUCAAAGCCAUAUUGUUUUUUUUUUCUGUUGUAGUUCAAUGAAUUUUGUUUGAACCUAAUCAUAUCGAACUAAUUGAGUGAAGGGCUUGAUUUCUCUUUUUAGAUCUUAAGUAUUCAUAUGGAUCUUUUGUGCAACUACAACCUCUAGAUAUCCUUUCUUCCUUGUGGAAAAUUCCUACAAAUUAAGUUUAAACUGAUGGCAAUCUUGAAUCAUUAUUUUUUAGAUCUGGGCUCCCACAGAACCCGCAUGCUGCAUGUUAUGAAUCAUGUAAGUUUGGUGAUUAGAGAAUAUACUCUCGAAACCUAAAUAUAAAAGGGAAGUGUUGAGUAAGUAAAGAUAAUAAAAGCAAUUGUGAUAAGGCAGACGAUGGUUUACAGAUGCUUCAUGGAUUAUCCUAGUUGGUUUUGGGCUGAUUCUGAUGUUGACAAGAUGAGACACAUGAUUUUGCAUACUUUCACGAGAGCACUUGAAUGUCUCAACUUUCAACAUUGAUUAGCAGUAGAUAACAUCUGGUGUAUGGAAAGUGAGAUAACAUGUGCACCAAAAUAAUUGGAGUUAUUUCCUGGAAAGAAAAUGAUUUCUGAUUUGCAUGGUUUCUCGGAAUGCUGUUUCCAGGCGAUUUUUAGAUAUUGUUGCAAUAGACAAGGUCAUACUUAAGCAUUGAAGCUAGGGUACCACUCCACUUAGCCAAAUGGGAACAGGUGAAGAGAGUACACCUGCUAAGCCAUCUAAACCGACAGCUACUUCUACUCAGGAAGUUCAAUCAACACCUGCAUAUCCAGAGUGGCCAGGUUCUAUGCAGGUUUAUUAUGGUGCUGGAGCCACUCCACCUUUUUUCCCAUCAACUGUUGGUUCUCCCCACCCCUAUGUAUACCAGCAUCCAUUUGUGCCACAUUAUGGCACCCCAGUUCCAUACCCAGCAAUAUAUCCUGCAGGGGGGAUGUAUCCCCAUCCUAGUAUGGCCAUGGCGCCAAACUCAGUACCACCAGGUGGGGAGACGGAAGGAAAAGGAGCUAAUGGAAAGGAUCAGGCCUCUGCAAAGAAGGCCAAGGUAACUCCAGUAAGCAAAGUUGUAGAGAGUGGAAAGGCAGCUUCAGGUUCAGGGGAUGGCGGCUCCCAAAGUGGUGACAGUGGCAGCGAGGGCUCGUCAGAUGGUAGCGAUGACCAGCAGGAAUAUACAGCAAGUAAGAAAGGAAGCAGUUUCAAUCAGAUGCUGGCAGAUGCCAAUGCACAAAACAGCAAUGCUGCACCAAAUGCCCAUGGUGCUCUUCCUGUUGCAUCUGUGCCUGCUACCAAUCUAAAUAUUGGGAUGGACUUAUGGAACGCCUCUCCUGGUGCUGCUGCGUUGGGAACGGCAAAAAUGAGGUCGAAUCCCCCUGGUGGCUCAUCUUCAAUGCCUGAGCCAUGGCUUCAGGAUGAACGAGAAAUAAAAAGGCAGAAGAGAAAACAAUCGAACAGGGAGUCGGCUAGAAGAUCAAGAUUACGCAAGCAGGCUGAAUGUGAAGAGCUACAGCACAGGGUACAAAACCUGACCAAUGACAAUCACAAUCUUAAAAAUGAGUUGUUGAGGCUUUCGGAGGAGUGCGAGAAGCUGAAAUCUGAGAACGAUUCCAUCAAGAAAAAAUUGAAGGACUCGUACGGGCAAGAAGCCGAAGAUCAGCUCGAGCAAAACAACCUGACUUCCCGUGGGGACGAGGGGAAUAGUUGAGAGAUGACAUUAGGAGAAAGAAUGGCAACUUCUGAUAGAUAUAUAGCACUGCCCUACCGAGUUGGUCUACUCGCAGUUAUGAAGUAUUGACCACCUCAAAAUUGAGCAAUAGGACGAUGAAUCGAUGAUUCUCUUCACUGAUCUAUACCCUAUUUACCCUUAACCCUUUUUAGUUGUAUCAGUGUUUUAAACAUUUCCUUUUUUACACCUUUAUAAGGACUGUAACUCUGAGCUGGAAACAUAUUGUUCAUGAGACCUACACGACUGCUUUGUUGUGCUAUUAUUAGUCAAGCAGGUCGGAAGGCCAUGCCUGGGGAUACUUGUGGAUCAAUACUACUUACAGUAGUAUGUUUAACUUUUCAUCCAAUGAACAGAAAGAGUAGAGAUUGCUGAAUCAAUGUGCUGCGCUUUUUUUUUUAUAUAUAGAAAGCAAUAUUAUGAAAGG